UCAAACACUCACUCACAUACACUCACACACACACACACACGCAUUCAUCAUCCUCGCACAUACACACACACUCACACACACUCACACACACUUUGGAGGAGGAAGAAGACGCACCGAAAGACGCACGAAGGUCAGCGGCUUUUUUACUCAUAUUCUGCGGUUUUUUCCCCUCCUUUCUCUUAACGGCAGUCGAGAGAGAAAAGUUUCCAGAAACAGAGAGGAGAGGAGUGUGGCUCGGUCUGAGCACGCAAACACAAGCAGGCGCGCUUCUUUUUGUCUGUGUGCGCCUUGGAGAUAAUUCUUGUCUUUAUUCGUCUUUUGAAUUUAGAUUUUUUUUUUUCCUCUCUUUUGAAUUUUACGCACUUCGCUGCUGCUGCGGGACCUCUCCUUUGCGGGUUUCUUUGUGCGCAAAUUGACACUCAGGAGGGGUAGUGUGAAAAAGAAGAAGGAGAAGGAGAAAGGGAAGAAGAGGAACCGGACCAGGGCGGACCAGAGGGGGGCAAAAACUCACCAGGUAUGGCGGCGGUGUUGCCGAGAACCCUGGGUGAGCUGCAGCUCUACAGGAUCCUGCAGCGGGCAAACCUGCUCUACUACUACGAGGCCUUCAUCCAGCAGGGCGGUGAUGACGUGCAGCAGCUCUGCGAGGCCGGCGAGGAGGAGUUCUUGGAGAUCAUGGCCCUCGUCGGCAUGGCCAGCAAGCCGCUGCACGUGCGCCGCCUGCAGAAGGCACUGCGAGACUGGGUCACCAACCCCGCCAUCUUUAACCAGCCCCUCACCUCACUGCCCGUGUGCAGCAUCCCCGUGUACAAACUGCCCGAAGGCUCGCCCACGCUGCUCAGCGCUCAGGACCGCGCAAGCACCGCCAGCGUCAAGAUGCCCAAAGCCAUCGCCGCCGCCUGCUCUGACCCGGGGAAGCUGGAUGUGGCGAGAGACAAAGUGUCGGCCGGAUCACCCCUGCAGGGCAGCAGCGAGGUGAGGUUCUGGUCGGGCCACAGCAACGAUAGCGAGCACAGCCUGUCUCCGUCAGACCUCGGCUCCCCGUCUUCGCCCAGAGAGGCUUUAGAAGCUCUGGACGCAGCCGCCGUGCAGUCGGUCAUGGAGUGUGUGGACAGAAUGGCGCCCGGACUCCCAAAGGCGGACCUGGCUGAGGUUAAAGAGCAGCUGAAGAACAACAAGAAGCUGGGAAAGAUGAUUGGACACAUCUUUGAAAUGAGCGAUGAUGAUCCGCGAAGGGAAGAGGAGAUCCGCAAGUACAGCGCCAUCUAUGGACGCUUUGACUCCAAGAGGAGGGACGGCAAGCACCUGACGCUUCACGAGCUGACGGUGAAUGAGGCGGCAGCGCAGCUCUGCAUGAGGGACAUGGCUCUGUUGACACGCCGUGACGAGCUGUUCGGACUCGCCCGGCAGAUUUCCAGGGAGGUCACCUACAAAUACACCUACCGCACCAGCAAGUCUCGCUGUGGAGACCGAGACGAGCCGUCACCUAAAAGAAUUAAAACAGAGGAGAACUUCUUCGACAUCCAGGAGGCGCUGCAGGCCAUCCACAUGCGACAGGAGAUGCUGAGGGAGCAGCUGGCGUGCGCCAAGUCGAAAGGAGAGGAAACCGUUGGACGAAAUCUGCAGAUGCAGUUGGAGCGUCUGCUGGCGAGGCAGAUGGAGAUCCUGCAGGAUGCCGCUGUCCAGGAACGACUCCAGGCUCUGGACUGGAGGAUCCCCCCCGCUGCCUUAAAGUACCUCAACAAUGCACAGAACACCAACGGAAACGCAGCCGUCGACGCCAGCAGAGACAGCCAAGAUGAACGACCAAUCAACUUGCGGGUGGUAAGUCAGAACAUGCAGGAAGGCGACCUCCCAUUGGGCAAGCAGCUAGCCAAUGAACUGAAGCGUCAUCACAACCACAACAACAGCAACAACAGCAACACAGAUGAGACCAAAACACCAGCAACAGAAAAUGGAACGUCACAGCGGGCGUCCACGAACGCAGAGAAGAAGACCAUCAAGUCAGAGCCAGAAGACUCCACAUAGUGCCUCCCGCCUCACCAUUCGACCCCCCCUUAGUACCCCGCCCCACUUCAUUCUACUCACACUUGACAGUAUGCAGUUACUAUCCAUCAAUAGAUACUAAGCAAGCACAGCCACAGUAGAGCCUUAACAACCAAUGUUGCCUCAUGAAUAGCAUUUAUUUUUCUUUGAUUUAGUAUGUUUGUUUCUUUGUUUUCAAAGGUAUCUGCCAAAGCACCUAAAGAGCAUUUUGAGAAGUUCUUCAGUGCUCUCUGGUCUUUGUCUGUUGAUUAGUUGUACACAUUAGAUGUACCUGUAAUUCAAGAGUAAUCUGUUGCAGACAUUUGUGUCCUCUUUACCUCUGCCUUGGUGUUGGUUUUCCUGCUUUUUUUGGACAGCCAGAGUGCAGGCUGUGAUGCUGGGGCUGAAUCUUAACUCACGUGUAGAUUCAGAGAUGGGGAAAAAAGCUAAUUUCUAGAGGAAAUUUUGCCAUGGUGCUUUAAGUUUAGCUUCUUGAUAACACUUUAUAUUUCCCAAAUUUGAAAGAGGACAUCAUCAGAUUUGGCAUUUAUUUACAAAAUAUUUAACAAACACGUUUUUGAUAACUUUCUAUAGUAUAAAUGAAUUGGAAAAGACAUUCAUGGUCCCCAGAGGACGAAUCUCAGGCCUUGUUCAGACUGCUAGUUCAAAUCUGUUCAGAAUUUGGAAAAUAAAAACUCAUGAAAUGUGAUUAUUCCAAACAGAACCACACCCCAUUUGGAGGUGCCUUAAAAUGAGUGAUUUAAGUAGACUUUCAAAAGCUAAUUUUGGGCUAAUCUCACCUCAUUGUUGGUGACGCUUUAUAAAAGUAAUAUUUAAAGGCGAUGAUAUCUGUGCCAAAACUCAGGAUAAAUAGCUAAAUAUUUUAUGUGUCAUGUCUGAGUAUUUCAUUCAGUAUAUGUAGGAAUGGGAAUUUCAAUGAGUCAGUCAGUUACCUACUUUGGUCAAUAUCUCUGGACUAGCAUCAAAUUUGGACAUUUAUACUCCCCAGAGGAUGAAUCAGGGGGCACAUCUAUACAGCUAGUUCAGUUUUAGGACAUUUGCCGUUUAGUUUUUAGAAAGUCUGACUAGCAACAAGAGAAGAAAAAAAGAAGAAACACCACGCUUCUCUUCAGCCGCCAGAUCUAUGUUCCUGCCCUCACCUAUGUUCUGGUGAGGGCAGAAGGAGCUCAAUCAAUUGGGGGAAGCUCAGAGUAGCGAAAAGAGCCAAUUGAUCCGAUUCAUUUGACCUGGAUAGCUCUUGGACUUCUCCUAGGUAAAGUGUUUUAGGCACGUCCUCCUGGAAUGAAGCCCUGGGUUAGACCCAGGUCAUGCUGAAGAGAUUUUAUCUCUUGACAUUUGCAGCGAAAGUUGCCAGUAAGAUUCCUCGUGUGGAUACUCUGGUCACUCACAGUGUAAUACUUGAGCAGAAUCUGUGCUAAUACUAGUCAAGUGCUAUGGAGGACCUGGUGGAGAGCUCCCAAGUAAAUUAUCUGUUUGUACUUUGGCAUGGAGGCAUCACCACUUGUAGCUAAAGUCAUUACCUGAUCUGAUUUGUCUGCAGUCUGAAUAAAGUCAAAAAAGCUCUAUAACAAGGAGAUAAAGUAGCACAAAAUUUGAGACAAACGUUUUUGUUGUUCAUGAGAUAAAUUACACUUAGUCAGUUCCUUCCCAUCACGUUCAGCUGCUUUUGUAUUUAGUGCUUUUUAGCAAAAUGGUGGCUUAAUGUCACUGUGACCACUUUAGUUGCUAAUACCAGCAUUUAGCUCAAAGCAACACACAUACAGGAUGUCUCUAAAUCAGUGUAAUACUAAACAGAAGUUAACAAGACAUCCAUAAACCUUCUGUCUAAAAAUGACCAAACUUGAAAACAUAUAAAUAUUUAUUGUAAAAUAUGUUAAAGUAGCAUUUUAAGAUAAAUGUGAUAAAGGUAGAUUUUUUUUGAUGUCUUUAGAAGCAAAGCUUAACUUUUGAGAUUAACAAGAAGCUUUUUUUUAAUGUAUUUAUUUUUUAUUUUAGCUGCGUGUAGCUUGUGUCAUCUUCUGAGCCUCCGUCACUCUCCCAAUCCUAACGUAGGUGUCUGCAUACUGUAACUUGAAACAAAGGUGUAAGUACUGUAGGGAGACUGAGUUAAGAUACAGCCCCUGUAGCAGUUCCUAUUUUUUUAUUGUGUUUUUCAUUUUUUUAUCGUUCACUUCAAAUAGGGAAACAGGCGAGGUGGGAUUAAUCCUCCCUGCCUCGCUCUUGUCUUGUGUAUAUUUAUGGGAUGGGAGGUAAUUUAAAAAGAGGAUGUACAAGAGCUGUUGUGGAGUAGCACCAGGGGACCUCUGUCAUCCGUCUUGGCAGAAUGGCUGGGCUGGCAUGCCGGAGGCCGAGCUAAUUGGUUCAUUUCACUUUGUAAUUUAGCAAAACACUGCUGUUGAACCAAAACCACGCAUCUGCAAACAGGGAGUAUUUCAGGAAUAAAAAGAUGCCUGUGAGGUUUUUUAGAACAGAUCCAACAAGCUCCCAGCAGCCCCACGGGUAAAGGAAAUUUUUCUGAAGACAGAAUUAAAAUCUUGCAGGUUUGCAGGUUUUGUUUUUUAAUUUUAAUUUCAACAGCAGCUGGGGGAAAAAAGGAAAACUCCUGUUUGCCGCUGCUGUGCGUGGAGCAGCAGCCUGGGUCUGUAAAUAGUAUCGUGAUAACAAAUAGUGCUAGCCUAAUCUCUCAAACCAGGGUUUUUCCUUUGUCGAGUGUAACUCUGCUGUAGAUUUUUGGUGUCAAUACAGUGUUUAUGUAUGUAAAGCAAAAACAUUUAAAAACAAAGAAAAAGAAAUCUUUUAAGUGUCACUGAGGAAAAAAAAUACAACCACGUGAACGUGUCUGGUAUAUAAAAAACAUGCUUUACAUGAUGAUAAUGUUGUUAGCCUUAGCUCUUAACAGUGUUUAAUCCACCUGUGAUGGCCAUCGGUGCAUAUUUCAGAUGUGUUUUUGCUGUUUAGAGGUAGAUACAUAACAAUUAAGUGUUCGCUGUGUUUUUUACGUGUUCGCCACAUUGUGUAAAUACGUCUGUUUGGUCCGAGAUGAUGAUGAUGAUGAUGAUGAUGACGUCCAGACAGUUUUUGGUCAGACUCUUACUCUGUCCCCUUCUGCAGAUAGUUUUAGUCUCACUCGGCGUAACGACAGGCCAAUGCAAUAUUUAUGUAAGUAAUAAGUCUAUUUGCAUUUAUAUGGAUUCAUCUUUUUGUGCUCAGUAACUGUAUGUCUGUCAUCAGGGUGGGAAAUGUUUGUGUUGUCUCACUUUUAGUGCACAGAGCACCAUGUUUGUAUUUAAAGACAUUCUCUUUUCACAAAAACUCCAUGAGGUGGUUUUGUUUUAACUAGCAAAGACUUGGGCUUGUAAAAAAAAUAUAUAUAUAUAUAUAUAUAUAUAUAUAUCGUUGGGGAAUUUUUUGUUUUGUUUUGUUUUUUUCCCAGCCCGAUCAGCUCAAACACUGGCCUGGUUGGCGUGACUGUCGCAUGUCUGAGCUGCCGUCUCACUGAUCACCCUUCUCCUCACUGUUUAUUGUAAAGUGAUAGAUUAGGCUUCACCUAGUUAUGCACCUGUUUUUUAAACACUAAUAUAUUUUAUUUGUUAUACAGCACAUAAACAUUAAACUUUAUUUUUUUGAACUCUA